AUGAACUGCAGCUCCACAUUGGCAUGUCAUGCGGUGGUGUCUGCUCCGAGCACAGCAUCGCUGAUCACCUCAUGUUGGACUCCGCAGCAGCAUUGCUAUCGGCAACUCAUGAAGAGCCUUCGGGCCGCUUACUUUCAUGAUCGCUCUAAGCUCUUCUGGUCGCGUCAUCGUGUUCUUGUUGAGUUCUACAAGUAUUCAGAGGAAGCAAAUGAGGAGGCGGUGAAGCAACUAGUGGCCAUUGGUCUUGAAGUCGCGGCAUUUAUAGAUCAUCACAUGCGAACAGAUGUUGAACGUAUUGUUAAACACAAUGAAACAAUGAUGGCAUUACCCGUGGCGCAGGCAAAGAAAUUCCGUAGCGACUACCUCUUGGCUGAGAAGCAGCAUGACUCGUGGUGCAAGCAAAAGAUUAAAAACAUUAUGAAGCGUAGGCCACCACCGCCUUACCCGUUUUUCUAG